AUGUCCGGUAUGUACGGUCACAGCCGUGAAGCAGUGCGAGUGAAAGUGAAGAAAUGCGAGAAGAAUGUCCCAUCGGAAACGAGGAAAUUUAGCGUCGAUCCUCAGAUUACCAAUCUCGAGGUGCUCUACUCGCUGCUUGCGAAAGCGUUCGAUUUGAAAACCGAUUUUGGUAUCAGCUACAAGGUGAUUGAAGCGAAUGGUCAGGAAAGCUAUCUCGUCGUACUGUCCGACUGGGAUCUGGAGGCUGCCUUUCUGCGUGCCCAUAAUCAAUCGAUCGCAAGCAAGAGUGAACCCUGCCUGAACCUUCGCGUCGACAUAAAACCGUUCUCCGAGGCAUCAGAAUGGGACGGCAACGGUACAGCCACUUCUACCAACAUUCCGCGCGAGCUGGUAUCGUUGCAGCAAUCGAUCGGUGCCGGACAGAAAUACGUACAAAACAAGCUGCCCGGACUGAUCAUGAACCAGAUGGAGAAAACCUUCUCGAUGGUGCAACGGGCGUUCAACCUGGUCGAGGACCCGCUCCUAACACAGCCAAUAAGGCCGCCCCUAGCAGAUGCAGAGUUUCGCAAGUUGCAAGAUUCUGUUGGUCAAAUUUUGGCACCUGAACAGCUUCGCAAAGUGAUCUAUCUGGGUGGAAUUGACCCCAGUCUGAGGCGUGUUGUGUGGAAACACAUACUAAACGUUUACCCCGAUGGCAUGACGGGCAGGGAACGGAUGGAGUACAUGAAAAAGAAGUCAGCGGAAUACUUUCGAUUGCGUGACGUUUGGCGCAGCACGAUGCAGCGAGGUAACAUCGUUGGUGAGCUGGCGUACGUGACAAGUAUGGUGCGGAAGGAUGUUCUUCGCACGGAUCGGUUACAUCCAUUCUAUGCCGGCAGUGACGACAACCAGAACAUUGCCGCACUCUUCAACGUGCUCACGACGUACGCACUGAAUCAUCCGGCCGUCAGCUACUGUCAAGGCAUGUCGGACAUUGCCUCACCGUUGCUGGUCACGAUGGGCGAUGAAGCGCAAGCUUACAUCUGCUUCUGUGCCAUUAUGGAACGGUUGAGCUGUAACUUUAUGCUGGACGGCAUAGCCAUGACGCUCAAAUUCGCUCAUCUGUCCGAGGCGCUGCAGUACUAUGAUCCGGACUUUUUCGCCUACCUUAAGCAUCACCAGGCAGACGAUCUGCUGUUCUGCUACCGCUGGUUGCUACUCGAAAUGAAGCGAGAGUUUGCGUUCGAUGAUGCGCUGCGUAUGUUGGAAGUGCUCUGGAGCUCGCUACCACCGAUGGCACCGAAGGGUGAGCUGGCACUGUACGAACGGGAAUACGAGCCACCACCGCCCGACGAAAGCAUUCAUCCACCGCCCAGCCAAAGCCCUUCGGUUAUGUUGCGAACACCACGCGAAAAUCCGUACACGAAAGUGUGCGCCCUUCGACGACAAAGUUCGGCCCUGUCGCUUAGCUCGUCCUGUUGCACUUCUACGAAUCCACUAGCGAAUCAGUCGAGUCGGUACGAACGGUACGGUGGCGUAGGCGUUGGUGGGCGUUUAGAUGCGUCACGGCGUCUCAACCUUAGCUUGGAUGAGAACAUAACGCGCGAAAACAUUUACUCCACAAAGGUUGGGCACGUGCAGAAGAUCCAUCAAAGUCUGGACGAGGCAAAGAUCGCACUGGUAAAGCAAAGAAAGAUCGUGCGCAGUGUGGGAGAUGACGAUAACAUACAGGAAGGGUUCGAGGUAGGACAUUCAACGGGCCAGGGCGAGGAUGACAAUGCGACCGAUGUGGACGAUAGUGUAUUCCAUUCACCGCAGCAUCAAAUCACCACAAAGUGCAACAGCAAAACGAAUCCUUUCAUCGACGGAUCGAUGGAAAGUGUUUCGACGCAAGAGCAGUUGGCCGGAGAUGGUGAAACGAGAGCGCCCACCGAUGCGGCGACAGACUUUAAACCCGAAUCGACAACUCCCGGCACGAACAGUAGUAGCGCGGCUAGCAGUGUACGAAACUCGCCGGUGAUAGGGCGUAGUCGAAGUCUUUUCUCGACGUCGGCCGCAACGGGAAAAAUGAUCGCCAGGCAGCUAAGCAAUCAAAAGAAACAUUUCACUUCUGCCGCCAGUGCGACGGGCACGGGUGGAACGACCGGGGUGGGACAUUUCCAUGAUCUGAAGGAAAAGCUAGUGGCCAGCAGGAAAGGAAUAUUUGCUUCACUGGAUAAAACGCACAGCGUCGAUGGUGGAAAUAUGAUCGAUGGCACUGUCCGUUCCAACAGUCAAAUGGAAAAGACAAAACCGAAGCUGGUAAAAAAUUUCAACGAGUUCCUUAGCUUUGCCGCCAUGAACAAGAGCCGCAUUAGCGAUCGGUUGGUUACCAAAAAGAUGCUCACGAACGCUAGUAUCGCGAGCAACGCCAACAACAGCUGUUCCAUCGAUUCCACUACCAGCAGCUACACGACGACCACGACCGGUGGUAUUGGGGGCGAAGUGUCACGGGACGACUCGACGGAAACGAUCGAGUACAACGAGCUGAAGCCGAAACCGGUCAUCAAGCUGACGAAAUCAUCGUUCGACGAUUCCGAUUCUUCCGCCACGAGUGUCGGCAUGGGAAUGGAUUCGAUGGCAACAACGACGGCACUAUCGCGAUCUAGCGACAACAGUAGUUUUAUCGUUGACGAUAGUUCCGCUUCCGUAUCACCUAUUCACAUUAGACGCGAGGAAUCGGCUACAAACGAUGAAACUGAAGCGAAAUCUUAUCUCCACCGACCGGCGGACUUGUUUGUGAGUGGAACUUCCACUGUAGCUGCAACGGUCGGAGAGGGGAGCAGUCCGGACGAUUCGCAAGAAUACUUCCCGAUGACAACUUCCAUGACGAGGGAAUUGCGCCUCGAGCUGGAAAACCUCGACCGCCAUGUAUUCGGUAACGAUUUUCACAGCAAGCAGCAACGGUUCUAUACGCUUAGUAGUUGCAUGGAUCUGGAGACGCCACCGGAGAGCGGUGAUUCAAUUGCUCCGACACAGGAUCGACGUGUACCGCUUGCCGUGACGGCGUCGACGACUUCAACUACCACCAUAGCGUACAGCAAGCUCGACAAUAAUGGUAGCCUACCGCGAACGUUUGAUACGGCAAUGGAAAUUGAAUCAAUUGAUGAAAUCUGUGAUCGUUCCCCGCUCGGGCAAGGAGUUGAGGAGCCAACGGGGGACGUGGUACGUUAUCGGGAGAAACCGGGACGGCGCCGUACGGGAACUGGCGGUGCAACGGGUAGCAUCGUGAGUGAGCAUCGUGAUAGCAAGCGCAUCAGCACGUCCAGUGCAAACGUGAGCAGCGAUGUAUUUGUGUGGGAAAAUCCGCUCCAUCACGAGUGCGGUGAUGAGGAUGCGGUAAGUCCGGUAUCGGGUGGUAUGGUAACUGGUGAGGUGACCCAGAUACAGCAGCGCACAGCAACCACGCCCGAUGAACAUCCGGAGCUGGAGUACGAUGGGGAAAUUAUCGAAGAGACAACGCUCGGCAAGAAAUCCGUCACCCCGAUACGGUUGGUGCGAAAAAAUGGCGAACGUUCCGUGCCUGGUUCGGCGCGGAACUCGAUGAUCUUGCCCGAUUCCUCUGACUCGUCGGAUGAUUCACCGUUGUCGCGCUCACCGGCAGCUGUGAAGUUUAAAUUUCACCCAAAUAAUCCUUUCUUCGAUGCUGCGUCGAACGCAAUCGAUAACCGACCAUCGGCUCUGCUACACAUGACGGCGGAUGAUGGAGACGGCGAGAUGCUGGAAGAGGGUACGGAAGCGUCCGUUGUUACCGGUGUUGCGGCAGGAACACUGCACGCGGAGAGCACUACUGCUCAACAGGAAGGCAUAUUACCGACGGAAGUAUUAGCUUCGCCAACCAUUAUCUCCUCACUUCCACUGGAACCGAGUGGGCUCGAUGUGAACUUUGGUGAGGUUGGUAGUACCGCCGUCACUGUUCCGCUGUCCACCGCCAGCACAGUCACCAGCACCAUUCCCAGCAUGAAGGUCGCCGGAGUGCUUCCGCCGCCCCAGGAGUUCGGUGGUGGCAAUCCCUUCCUAAUGUUUCUCUGCCUAACGAUUCUGCUGCAGCAUCGGGACUACAUCAUGAAGACGGGCAUGGAUUACAACGAGAUGGCAAUGCAUUUCGAUAAGAUGGUGCGCAAACACAACGUGACACGGGUGCUCAAUCAAGCCCGCCAAAUGUAUGCCGAGUACAGGCGAAUGUACCAGCAGCAGCUGAUGGCGAGUGGUGGUGGUGGCAGCAGUAAGGGAAGUUUGCCAGGUUCUGUAUCGUUGAUGGCCAACAGUUACCAUGGGAGCAUGAGCCUCGGCAGUGGCACCACCGCGGAUAUGCUGGCACGGAAAGCAUCCGCACCGGAGGUAAGCUCGGCGCGAAGAAAUACUGGCGGCGAUUUAACGCUCGUGACGUAG